CGGCUGGGCAGCUGCACUGAAACCAACAUAUAUCGUUCGGGACUAUGUAUCACUGCAGCAAUGAGUCAAUAUCCUCUAUAUGUCCAAGCCCGUAUGACUGCAGUAUAUAUAUGAACCACUGGUAGGUUAGGACAGUGCCCUUUUUGUUCGGUUCCUGUCUUGUUCUUUCUAGAGUUUCUUCAAUCCAAUUUCUGUAUAGCCUGACUAUACUCGUACGGCCAAACUCCCCCGUAUACUUCUUUUGUCCAUAAUAUCUCGACGUUCUUCCUACCUACAUCAUAAUGCUCAAGUUAGCAGUACUAGGGGUUCGAGGCUUCUUGCUUAUCUCCGGUGCAGUAGUACUAGGUCUUUCAGUAACCCUUGCGAAGCACCAAGUCGAAGGCUCCCCCCCUGCAGAAACUUCAUUUGGAAGCUUUUGCGGCGCAUUCGGUAUACUCGUCUCGCUGAUAGGCAUUGCCGCCCUGUUCAUCGAUAAGAUUCCCAGCAUAGUGUCCAUGGGAGCAGAUGGCCUUGCCACAGCGCUUUACCUUGCUGGCGCCAUUGCAUUGACAGUCGCUUUAAAGCCCGUACCUAGCUGCACGAGUGAUGAUAGCGAGAGCAUCUAUCAGAUGGUUAUCAAUAAACUUUUGAAUGGUGGCUGUGGGACCAUUGCCGGUACAACUUACUGUCCGGGUAUACCUGAUGAUAGGAGUGAGAUGAAUGGCCGAUGUCAAAGAGUGCAGGCCGACUAUGUAUUCGAAUAUUUAGGCUUCAUUUUCGGAGUCGCCAUUGUCGCUUUGACCUUCUUCUAUAACAGGAGCAAGGGAAGCAGAAGCGUAGCCUAUGUCUAAGAAGGUCACCCGCGGAUUCGGAACUAUUAAUUAUCAAUUUGGUUGGGUUCGGAGAAGUGCACGCGCAACACGAUAUGAGACUUUUAUGUAUAUGAGAAGGAUAAUUAUGAAACUCUUCGGAUUCUUUGAUUUAUUUCUGGUGCUUUCUGCUGCGGUUACUCCCUUGGAGAUAUGGAAUCCAAGACAAUCGGACUAUCUUAAGCCUAGGUACAAGUCCCAAUAUUCGCAUGUUUGGGUACGUGUAAUUUGUUGCCGUGUUAUAGUGUAGCUCUUCUUUUGAACUGUUUGAGUGGAAGAAGUUUACCAAUUACUUUUCUACGGAAGCUAUAUCUACCUCCUAUCAACCCAAAUUAAGAACAUAGUGCUAGUUAUAAUGAGUAAGAUGUGUUCCGAAAUCCAAGCAGGAGCCAGUGUUUACCUUGUUGGAGGCAGAAUAUAGCAGAC